CCGCGCGACGACGAUGUCGACUGUCGAGAUGGCCGAGAGAGCUAUACGCUAGCUUCGCUUUAGAUAAGACGACCGGAACGAACCGGACUUUUUCUCCGAAAUAAACAGCGAGCAAUCGUCUUCUCGUUCUAACAUGGAUUUCUGAGCAUUUUUUAAGCAGGACAGCGCGCGCUUGGGUAGAAAAAAACGCGUUUGUAGCUCGCCACCUUGCCACGUGUUCCGCCUUCCGCCUUUCGGUGUACACUUUGUUCGCGGAAACGGCGGCAACGGCGCUCGGCGAUUGGCCUGCUCCGGCUACUGGACAUUGGACAAUAUUCCAGCUCCCAGUUGCUCGCCCCCGAGCAUGUGACAUGUGUCACAGACGUUGGCGGCGGCGGUGCGGUGGCGUUCGUGGGCGGAACCGAAAUCCAGUCAUGUUCCUCCCGAGCAAACGUCAAACACGUGAGAGGACUUUUAUUUAUAGGAAAUGAUAACACAGAGUUGAGAGUAGUGCUGCACAUAAUCGAGGAGCGAGAGAAAUGCUUACAUGUUUGUAUGUACACAUUCGCCUGCAAGUAUUUACACGUAAAUAGUUAAUGCGGUUCGUCAGCAGAAGUAGCAGCAGCAGCAGCAGCAGCAGCAGCGCGAUAGAUAAUUCCGUCGCGUCGGGGAAAAAGUUAUCGUCGGCCGAGCCGCCGGAGAUGAUUUUGGCCGACUCGAUACGGAGCUCUUUCGCUGCUUGGGCUUUGUGAUCUCUCUCGCUCUCGUCGCGAGAAUUUCCGACGAAUCGGUUGCACAAUGAUCAAGUAGUCGAAUCCGCUGAUCGAUGCACUGUUGUGGCUCUUUUUUGGACGAAAAAACUUUUGGCAAGAGCGAGAUCAACGAUGGCGGAGUUCGUGCGCGGCGGACCCAGCGUAUCCAACAAUGCGAAGAUUGAAAAUACCAAGAAGGGUGAUUCACCGAGUACAGGAAGUGAAGAUGGAGGAAACAUUGAGCCAAUAAACGACAACGAUUUUGAUGUAUUUCUUGAAAAUAUACCUGAUGACAUUCAAGAUAUUGAAGAGCCAGAUCAUACCAACAAUACUACAUUUUCAGCUCCCCCAGAAAAUCAGUGGUAUCAUGGAAGACUUGAUAGAUUCACUGCAGAGGAGCGGCUUAGAGAUGCCAGCAGAUUGGGGAGUUACUUAGUCCGAGAAAGUGACAGGAAACCAGGGAGCUAUGUACUAUCCUACCUAGGAAGAACUGGUAUCAACCACUUUCGGAUAACAGCUGUUUGUGGAGAUUAUUAUAUUGGUGGGCGCCAAUUCAAUAGUCUUAUGGAUUUAGUUGCUUACUACACUCAUUGUUCUGACCUGCUGAAGAAAGAACGUUUGAUACACCCCACUCCACCGCCAGAACCUGUAAACGAUAAAAAACGUAUUGUGGCGAUUUUACCUUAUACAAAAAUGCCUGACACAGAUGAAUUGAGUUUUCAAAAAGGAGACAUCUUUUUUGUUCACAAUGAUAUGGGCGAUGGAUGGCUCUGGGUGACUGCUCACAGAACUGGGGAACAAGGAUUGAUCUUCCGAGAACUCGUUGAUGAUUUGGAUGAUUCAAUAGAUCCAAAUACUGUAUUUUCAUGGUUCCAUCCCAAUGUCACUAAAAGUGAAGCUGUUGAUAUGCUUGUCAAAGCUGGUCCUGGAAGCUUUCUAGUGAGACCCUCUGAUAACAGCCCAGGAGAUUAUUCUCUAUUCUUUCAUAUCAAUAAUCAAAUUCAAAGAUUUAGAAUUGAAAAGAAAGGAGUAAGAUAUUUAAUGGGAGGAAGGACUUUUGAAUGUUUGGAUGCUGUAAUCAAUAGAUACCGCAAAGAGCAAAUUGUUGAAGGCCAUACUUUGGUUCAAGCAAUGGUUACCGAACCUGACGGUACUGUUCGAGUCAAUAAAGAAGUGCAACACGCGGAAAAAAUUUACGCAACUUUGAGAGAAUGUCGAGAACAAUCGGGAGCAAAGAAAAAUAAGGGCAUCAAGAUGCAAGGAUACUUGGAGAAAAAAUCUGAGAAAAAUAAAAAGUGGAAGGCUUUGUAUUUCGUAUUGGUCGUUGAUGCAAGUGAUACACAUUUAUAUUUAUAUGAUAAUCCAAAAAGAACUAAACCCAAAGGCCUUAUUGAUUUAAGUUGUGCAUACUUAUAUCAGGUUCAUGAAAGUGUGUUUGAUCGGCCUCAUUGUUUCCAAUUAGUCGAACGAGCUUUACCGUGUUUAUCUACAAUAACAUAUUUAGCUGCACCAAAUUCGGAAACAGCUUCAGAUUGGAUCAAUGCAUUGAAGCCUUUGUGUGUUUCUCAGCUCACAAGAGCACCAAAAGUUGCUCGGCUUCGUGAAUUACGUUCGCUGCAGUUGCACAUCAUGGAUGCUCAUAGACUGCCAUAUAAACUAGUUCCGAAUCCGUUUAUAAUAGUCGCUUUAAAUAAUGUCAAAGUCGCGCGUACAAAGAUGAAGACUGGACCGCAUCCAGUUUGGGAUGAAGAAUUUAUUUUGGAAGAUGUGCCUCCAGAUGUAAUGUCAUUUUCCUUGACACUUUACAACAAGGGGAAGCGUAGCAAAGACACAGAAGUUGCUGAGUUAAUUGUGGAAUUGUCAAGUUUAGCCAAUGGUGAAGAAAUGGACGAGUGGUAUCCAUUUGCAGGUGUUACACCUAUUGGCGAUUGGGGUGCUCUUCGAUUGCGGCUGAGGUACCGCCAUGACUUAGCAAUGCCUCCUGAAGAAUAUAGUCCCCUUCAACAAUUGUUACUUGAUCCAGAGUUGCAUGUCGUGAAAGCAUUGGCCGAUGUCUGUCACCUAGACAGAAUCCCCUUAGCAAACAGUUUACUGAGGAUAUUCAGACAUGAAAAACGGGAGGCUGAUCUUCUGAAAUCAUUGAAUCAAGCCGAAGUGGAUAAGGAGGACGAAACCCCUACACUAUUCAGAGCAGCUAGCCUAACUACCACUCUGAUGGAUUUGUACAUGAAGUCAGUGUGUACAUCAUUCCUAAAGUCUGCUUUACAAGAUACUAUUAUUAAAUUGAUUGACAGCAAACAAAGUUGUGAAUUGAACCCUUCGAAAAUGGAUUCACCUGAAGAUGCAUGUAGCAAUGCAGAAUUUUUGUUACAAGUUUUGGAUGAAGUAACUUUAAGCAUUUUUACAAGUCCUGAUAUGUGCCCAAAAAGUUUGCGAUACAUUUGCUGUUGUUUACAACGUGCAGUAGUCGCAAAGUGGCCACACGAAAGAUUAGUUCGUACUAGAGUAGUCAGUGGUUUUAUAUUUUUACGUCUACUCUGCCCUGCAAUAUUAAACCCUAAGUCAUUUAAUCUCAUAGCAGAAUCACCUUCUCCGGCAGCAACUAGAUCUUUAGUAAUGGUAGCCAAGUGUUUACAAAAUUUGGCUAACCUCGUUGAGUUUGGAGGAAAAGAACCAUACAUGGAAGUUGUCAAUCCAUUUAUCCUGAAAAAUAAAGAAAGGAUGGUCGUUUUCUUAGAUCAACUAUCGAAUGUUUCAGAUAAACCUGAACCUGAAUGCAUAUCUCCCCGUGGGAAAUGUAUAUUAGAUAUAGCAAAGGAUCUUGCUACGUUACACCACAUCUGUGUAUCACAUUUGAAAGAGUUGCAGAUUUUAUCAAAACAACAGCCGACUAUCAAACGACUUGUGACGGUAACUGAAAUGCUAAGCAAUCAUAAGCAAAGGUAUAAGGAAAAGUUACGGUAGUGAUCAUGAAAAUAAAAAAAGAUUUUAGUAGAAGGAAUAUAACAAAGCAUAUUAAUACUAUUUAAAAUAUUAUUCAAGUAAUUAAGCUUAAAUAAUAUAAAAUUUACAGACUGACGUGCCAUAUACAUACAUGUGUAAACACAUUUUUAUAUUGUCGACGAUAAUUUGUUUCUUAUACAGUAGAAAUAAAAUUAAUAAAAAAUACUAUAUG